ACACUCUGAAUCCUAAAUUGGCAGUCGGCGGAGCCACACCGGCCGAAGCGCGCGUCGUUUUUUCACUCCUUGCUCGGUGCAACAACUGUCAUCAGGUUCGACUUUUCCAGUGAAACGCCCAGGGCCGACAACAAGUGCGUUGACAUGCCGUCUUUUCACCCUGAUGAACUGGGAGAGUUCAACAGGCACCUCGACCAGCCCCCAAAUGGGCCAAAUUACCCCAAAAAAGAAGAGGUGAGGAUGGAGGAGACCUCAGACCACGAAGAGAUGGACUUUGGUGGUACCAACCACCUGGACCUGGACGAUUUGGACAGGAAGCCUCAUGACAAACAGGGUGAAGGCACAAGGCUCAAAAACAUGGAGGAAACUCCGUUGACCUACAGAGUCGAACUGAAUUCAGAGAUCGCUCCUGAUGGCCUCUCGAUGGUAGAAACAGCAAUACCGAGGCUAGACGUGAAUAUUUAUUCGCAAAAGAAGACUCUUGCUCAGGGUAUGAUGGACCUGGCGCUUCUCUCUGCGAAUGCAAACCAGCUGAGGUACGUUCUGGACAGAGGAGUGGACGACGCCUAUUACUACAUCAGCCUCACACUCAUUUCGGCCAGUAUAAUUCUGCAGAUUGCAGUCGGCAUUGGACUUAUUUGGAAUGGCCAGUUCAACAUAAAGAAGGAGAAAGACAUGCACCUGGCAAACCGCAUCAAUAACUUCACUGUGAUUGGUAUUUUCCUGGUCACCAUUAUCAACGUGUUCAUCUCGGCGUUCAGCAUCAGCACGGAUUCGAGCAUUCCGCCCAAAUCGCCAUACACUUUAAGGGGUGAACUGAACGACACAUUACUAGCAACUACAGAGAGGCUUUAAG